AUGGUCAGUGUAGAUAUCCACUACACUGGAGCAAGCCUAGCGAGUGUCGCGUCGUUGUCCCCUGUUGAAACGUCCUUGGACACAGAGAGGAGAGCGAGAGAUUGCCUCUCGCAGGGUGUAGGUGAUAAGAUCAACUAUCUCACAACCGUUUCUGGUGGUGGCGAACUGUACCACUCGCUGGUAUCGUGA